AUAACCAAUGGGCGAGUCGUAUUGAUGUGACGUCACUUACCGCCAGCCAAUGAAAAAUGAGACCGCGGCUAUAUAGUACUUUCGGCUUCUUCCAUCGUUCCUUUCCGUCUUGGCCAGUCGACGCGGGCCUGUUGCCAAGAUCUGUAAGCUCUCGGUGAAAUAAUCAACCAUGGGCAAGGAGAAGAUCCACAUUUCCAUCGUGGUGGUGGGCCACGUAGACUCUGGCAAGUCCACCACUACCGGUCAUCUCAUCUACAAAUGCGGUGGCAUCGACAAGCGAACCAUCGAGAAGUUCGAGAAGGAGUCCUCUGAGAUGGGCAAGGGCUCCUUCAAGUACGCCUGGGUGCUGGACAAGCUGAAGGCCGAGCGCGAGCGCGGCAUCACCAUCGACAUCGCCCUGUGGAAGUUCGAGACCAACAGGUUCUACGUGACCAUCAUCGAUGCCCCAGGCCAUCGCGAUUUCAUCAAGAACAUGAUCACCGGAACGUCCCAGGCCGACUGCGCCGUGCUGAUCGUGGCUNCAUGGCUUCAUAAAUGCUCGUCUGCCGAGGAUUCAAAUAAUAUAAAAGGUAGCAAGUUCAUUGCAUGCCCAUGUGUCUACACGCGGACGACAGGGCACGUCCUUCCCACAAUCGAAGCUAAUGAAGAGGCCGACAUUAAACUCCGAAGACAAACACGGCCCGACGGCGAGGGUGAUUAUGCCAAAGAGAAACAUUCGUAUACAGAUGUUUCGUUCGGAGUUCUAAGGCAGGACCAAAACACCUCUGGAGGAUCUCUCCACAUUUGCACGCGACGUUAA